AUGGCAGACAAGUUUGUCACCACCCAUGUAGGGACCAAAAAGGCGGAAGCCAGGGUAAACGACAUAUUCACCGUCAGGAAGACACCUGGCGAGGGACUCAGGAACUUCCUAGUCCGGUUUAACAGGAUGAGAAUGAGCCUAGUGAAUGUAUCGGAAGGGAUGGCAGUAGCAGCCUUUCAGAACGGGUUGAGUAGAAAUGGGUUAAGAGCAACUAGAAAGCUAGUAAGGAGACUCAUGAAAUAUCCUCCCACCACUUGGGAAAAAAUUCACAAUGCCUAUUGCGCCGAGGUGAGAGCCGACGAGGACGAUCUUAAUGGCCCGAUCCAAUGGUUGGCGUUAGUUCAAGCACAAGCAAGGAAAGAUCUACACAAUGUUGGUCGAAGGGACCAACUGGGUCCCCGUCUCGGUCGAGAGAGACAUCAAACCUACAUCAGAGGAACCAUCGCACACCCCCCGCAGCACAUGGAUGGCCCUCCUCGACAUAUCACCACACCACCAAAUGAAAGAGGUAUGCCUUCACUUUUAUCUGCUCACAAUAUUUGUGUUUCUCCUUCAGAAAUAGUGUACGCACUAGAGAAGCUCGACACAAAGGAACGGGGUCAUAAAAUCGAGGACUACAUAGGUCUGCGACAGGAGGUGGUGAGGAUGCUAAAUCAAGGACACCUGAGAGAACUGAUAAGUGAUUGGGGUCGAGCCAAUUUUGCCCGCGGACGCGGGCAACACCAGGGACCUCCAAAACUGCCUUCUCCAGCUCGUACCAUACAAAUGAUCAUUGGUGGAGGUGGCGGGACAGCAAUCAACCAUGUGAAAUUCACCACUACACACAAACUCAAACGGUCGAUCACUCUCGAACGGUAUGACAACCUCGAAGAUAGUAUCGUCUUCAAUAAGUUGGAUACCGAUGAUUUGUCUUUCCCUCACUAUGAUGCUUUAGUUAUUACUUUACAUAUUGCGGAUACCGAUAUGAAAAGAAUCAUGGUAGAUGACGGAAGCGGCGCGUGUAUUAUCCAUCCUCGAGUCCUCGCACAUAUGUGGCUCGAAG